CUAUAGAAACCCCUUUUACUCGUCUCUCUCACACACAGUCACACAGUAAAUAUCAAUGGCCUCCUCACGAUCUCUCAACACCGCCACUGCUCUCAUGAAAAUCCUCCCCUCACAGCUCUCACCUCAGACGGCCAGUCCCUUACCUACCCGUUCACUUUUCAGCGUCGCUCUUCCGACAAGCGCCGGUUCAGAAGCCAACUCCGGUCUCACCGCCGCCGUUGAUCCCACGAAUCCCCUCCGCUCACGUCUCUCUCCUCAGAUGUCCGUCACUCGUUUCGCCGCUCGUUCAUUUCACACCGUCGGAAGAGCGAAAUCCGACUCUCUCCCCACCACCAUUGGCCUCACGAAGCUCCUCCGCUCACCUCCGACGGUCACUCCCUUCGCCGCUCGCUCACUUUGCACCGUCCCUGUUCGGAAAAUCGUCGAUUCGGAGUCCGACGCCGACCUCGGCUCUAUUGAUCUCGAAGGAGUGGGUGAUCGGAAAGGGUGUAGCAAAGCAUUUGAGAAGAAACUGGUGCAUGACAGGUUCUACCUGAUCAGGCUUAACCUGCCCGGUGUGACCUCAGAUGAUCUGAAAAUUAUGGUGGACGAGAAGAAAGACAUAGUGUUGGAGGGUAAGUGCAAGAGUGAAGCCAAGUAUGGGUAUGGGGGAAGCGUCUACAAUGGCAGAAUCCCAGGCUGUCCAUUGCUCUGCAAAAUGGACCAGUUGGAGACGGAGAUGAUAGAUGGUGUCCUCUGGAUUACUCUUCCACUCACUGAAGAUGCCAGGAGGGCCUUCAAGUGGCAACGCGAUUUGUUGGUGAAAAAGGAGCUUUCCUUCGACAUCGACGCCAUCCGUCCAGUUCUCACUGAUAUGUUUCUACGCGACCCCAAUAACAAGAUAAAGCAUGAGUUUUGAAGGGAGUGAAUGGGAGAGAUCACAAAAUAUUUGAUGAAUAUGGACUUUGUGUUGGUCAGUGUUUUUAUUUUUUCUCUCAUUGACCGAUAUAAUGUAAUGAUCCACGUAUAGAGAGACCGAUGAUGCUUUGGCAUAUACAAAAUACUACUUACAUUUUUUUCUAUAAAAAAGCUUGUGUCUUUUAAACUUCUAGUAAGAAUC